AUGGGGUUCCCUUUUAUGCGGGCCUUUAUAGCCCUCUUUUUCUACCGUUACUUCAGACUCGUGGUCAAUUUGUUCGCGUUCUGGACCUUCAAGCCAAUCCAACCGCCAGAGAACCCGACCUUAACCUCCCAAGAUGUUUCCGUCAUCAUCCCCACACUUGAAGGCUGCGGAGAUGAGCUGUUCGAGACGAUUCGCACGAUCCUGGCAAACGAGCCUUUCGAACUGCUUCUGGUGACCAUCGAGGCGAACCGCAAGAAGGCGGAGAGGAUGCUGGCGACGAUGCCCGCGUCCAAAUCUCGAAUUCGUCUGUUUACUGUGACCCAUCCCAACAAACGGCGCCAGAUGACAGCAGCCAUCCCGGAGGUCCGCACAGCCAUCACCAUCUUCGCGGACGACGACGUGAGCUGGCCACCACACUUGCUGCGCUGGAUCCUGGCGCCGUUUGACAAGGACGAGAAGUAUGGAGGGGUUGCUACAUGCCAGAGACUGCGGCGCGUUCCCUUUACUUGGAGCGCUCAAUAUGUCUGGAAUUUCCUGGGAGCUCUCUACCUGGAACGGCGCAACUUCGACUGUGCGGCCACCACGCAUAUAGAUGGAGGUGUCCCGUGCCUGUCCGGACGAACCGUCGCAUACCGCAGCAAGAUCCUCCAGGACGUGGGCUUUACGCACGCAUUCACCAAUGAGGGCUGGUGGUUUGGCAAGUAUCAGCUGAACGCGGACGACGACAACUUCAUAACGCGGUGGAUGGUGUCUCACGGCUGGGAGACGUACAUCCAGUACCACCCGGAGGCUGAGGUCCAGACGACGCUGGAGGAUAACCCGAAGUUCCUGAAACAAUGCGCGCGGUGGUCACGGAGCAAUUGGAGGAGCAAUCUCACGAGCAUGUUUGAUGAAAAGCAUAUCUGGUAUCGCCAGCCGUGGAGCACCUACGCCGUCCAUCUGACGACGCUGUCCCCCCCGGCGCUCUUGGGUGACAUGGCUCUCGUCUUCCUCUGCCAUAAAGCCACCGAGCUCUGGGACCACGAAUCGCAUCUCCUGGCCAUGCAGCUGCUGGCGGCUUGGAUGUUCACCAGCAAGUUCAUCAAGCUGUUUGGACACUGGACCCGAUAUCCCAUCGAUUUCCUCCUGCUGCCCGUCUCCAUCCUGUUCGGCUAUUUCCAUGGCGGCAUCAAGAUGUACGCCGUCUUAACUCUCUCGGUGACUGCAUGGGGAAGCCGUGCAGGUGCCGAUGCGAAUGACGCAGAACGUAUGAGAAAGCGGACAGACAUCGAACGCGAAAAGGUCGCCGCUACGAUGUGGUCGCCCCAUAAGCUGUGA